AUGUUCCGUCCCGCAUCUAGGGCGCUCCUUCGCGCACCAGCUGUUGCGCGCGGCCCGACUCGCCGAUUUAUAAGCACGACACCAACAGGAACAAAGUCAAGAAGCUGGAAGAAUACCUUUGUACGGGUGGGAUUGGCCGCCGGAGCUAUCUACUACUACAACACGAGCAGUGUAUUCGCGGAGACCCCAUCGCUCUCCUUACGCUCCAAGCCCCAAGCCAAGCCUGAAGAUGAGAAGUCUCUGCCCACGCUCGACUCCGUGAAGCCCAAGUCGCGCAAAGAGGAGGCCCGCUCCGCACCCGGCGAGGCUGUGACCGAUGCCACCUCCGCGCCCGCACCAACGUCAGACAACAAUGAGUUGAAGUCCGCUGAAGAGCUCGAGCAAGAAGCUAGCCAGGAGGCCGCGUUCAACCCGGAUACCGGCGAGAUCAACUGGGACUGCCCUUGUCUCGGCGGAAUGGCCUACGGCCCUUGCGGGGAGGAUUUCAGAGCUGCGUUCAGCUGCUUCGUUUACUCGGAAGAAGACCCCAAGGGAAUUGACUGCAUUGAUAAGUUCAAGGCCAUGCAAGAUUGCUUCCGACAGCACCCUGACGUCUACGGCGCGGAACUCGAAGAUGACGACGAGCCCAGUGCCGAGCCUAAGGCUGAGCAACCGCAAGCUACACAGGCUGACGCCUCCGCCGCCCCCGAUGAGAAGCGCGAAGUCGCCAAGCAGGCCCGUGACCAGGUAAAAUCUGCCGGCGAGGUGGCCGAAGCCGACGAGGUCAUCCCGAAGGCCUGGCAUGAGUCAGAAGGCGAGAAGAAGCCCGAGCAGCAGACGGAAAAAUAA